GGGAGGAGAUAUUUGUCUUGAGGAGCAACUCUGUGAACACUCUUUCUCAGGUGCCACAACACAUGAUGCUAAUUUUGGAAUUACCACGUACAGUACAAUGGCACAAAUCAGGUGAAGGAAGAGAGUGAAGAGGUUUUAUGCUGGUACCUGCCCUCUGCUGUCAUAACCAGCUAGAGAGACACCUCUGCAGAUACCAGUGACCUGGAGUAAUCUGGUCCUCAGUUAGGGGACAUUGGCAUUUGCAUCAUAGAUCAUCAUUUGAACAUCAACAGACUGGAUUAAGAAAUAAGAACACAAUCAACAAACCUGUAUUCAUUCAGCUUGGUGAGAGAGGUGAACUUGAACCUUUGUGGGCCACACUGGGUCUUUUCAUGACUGGACCUUGUCAGGUGAGUUGGUGAAAUCUGGAGGCGGGACCACUUCCCAUGGAUCCCAACAUACCGGGGUCUUUCCUGUUUAACAACAGCCUGAACCAAUUCUCCUCGGACUUAAAGACACCUGUGUGUCAGUUCUCAGUGCCCAACUCCUUCUGCAAGCUCAACCCAGGCCUGAACAGCCAGCUGCAGGCAGCGGACACAGCCCAAGGCAUUAGCAACAUUCUCAGCCGUUCCAUGAUGGGCGCUACAGGCACCACCACCCUGCUCUCUGGAUACCCCACCAUGGGAGGCUUUGGCACUGUGGACCCAGGGGCCUACUACAACUGUGCAGACUAUAACCCCUCCCUGGGCAGCUUCACCAAGCCUGGCACUGAGUGCCCCAUGAAGGGUCGCAGUGGCAGUUGCUGGGCAGCGAGCGGGUGCGAGUGGAGAGGAGGGAGGCAGCAGUGCACAGACAACAGUGGGCAUCUAGGAGAUAUGUCAGGCAGGAAGAAGCACACCAGACCUACAUUCAGUGGACAUCAGAUAUUUGCCCUGGAGAAAACCUUUGAGCAGACCAAGUACUUGGCCGGGCCAGAGAGAGCUAGACUGGCCUACUCCCUGGGCAUGACAGAGUCACAAGUCAAGGUGUGGUUCCAGAACCGACGUACCAAGUGGAGGAAGAAGAGUGCCUCAGAGCCUAGCUCCACCCAGGCCACACAGGGUGAGCAGGGAGGGGAGAUUUCGGAGAACGAGGUGGAGGAUGAGGAGUACAACAAGCCUCUGGACCCCGACUCAGACGACGAGAAGAUACGACUGCUGCUGCGUAAACACCGCCGGGCUUUCUCUGUACUCUACCUUGGACCACACCACGUCUGA